AUGUCUAGCUUCUACAUCGAGAAUAAGAAUAUGGGCAACAAACUCGACAGCGAGGAUUGGAGAAUUCGCGGUUACAAUCCUCUAACCCCUCCCGACCUCCUUCAGCAUGAGAUCCCCCAGACGGCCAGAUCAAAGAAAACGGUACUCUCAAGCCGCGAAGAGGUGGUAGCUGUAGUCAAUGGCACCGAUGAUAAACAGAGACUCCUAGUUAUCAUUGGUCCUUGCUCCAUUCACGAUCCAAAGUCUGCCCUCGAAUACUGCGAUAUGCUGUUAAAGGAAAAAGAGAAGCAUCAAAACGAGUUGCUUAUCGUUAUGCGAGCUUACCUCGAAAAACCAAGGACGACGGUGGGUUGGAAAGGUCUAAUAAACGACCCGGAUAUUGACAACAGCUUCAACAUCAAUAAGGGGUUGCGUAUGUCGAGACAACUUUUUGUUGACCUCACCGACAAGGGGAUGCCGAUUGCUAGCGAGAUGUUGGAUACCAUUUCGCCACAGUUCCUGGCAGAUGUCCUCUCGGCCGGUGCGGUAGGUGCGAGGACGACUGAGAGUCAACUGCACCGAGAGUUGGCGAGCGGCCUCUCGUUCCCAGUAGGAUUCAAGAAUGGUACAGACGGUACAUUGAGAGUCGCAAUUGACGCAAUUGGCGCCGUUAGACACCCUCAUCACUUCCUCUCUGUCACCAAACCGGGAGUUGUAGCCAUCGUUGGCACCGUCGGAAACGAGGACUGCUACGUAAUCCUACGCGGUGGAAGUCGUGGUACCAAUUUUGACUCGAAGAGCAUCGCAGAGGCUAAGGCAGCCCUGGCGAAGUCUGGUCUGCGGCAGCGACUUAUGGUGGAUUGCAGUCACGGAAACUCGUUGAAGAACCACAAGAACCAACCCUUGGUUGCUGCUGAUUUAGCAGAGCAGAUUUCCAAGGGAGAGACCGGCAUCAUGGGUGUCAUGAUUGAGAGCAAUAUUAACGAAGGCAGCCAGAAGGUGCCGCAAGAAGGGAAGGCCGGCCUGCAGUACGGUGUCAGUAUUACCGAUGCUUGCAUCGGAUGGCAAGAUACAGUCGCGGUUCUCGAUGGUCUUGCCAAUGCCGUUAAGGAGCGAAGAAGGGUUACCGGUCGAUCUAUCUCGUCGUCGAGCUCCGGAGCCUCUACCGAAUCUCCGAUGAAACUGAACGUAGCCGCGGCGGCUUCAACAGCUCUCGCAAUCGGAUCCGUAGCGUGGUACUAUCAUCUCUAUGGUUCUACCGCCCAUGCAAUGACGCCUGCCGAAGAAGGUUUACACCCGACAGCCUACCCGUGGGUUCAUGAACAGUGGUUAAAGACUUUCGAUCACCAAGCGCUCCGUCGAGGUUUCCAGGUAUACCGUGAAGUCUGCGCGGCGUGUCACUCACUUAGCCGAGUUCCUUACCGAGCGCUCGUCGGAACCGUUUUGACGGUAGAUGAAGCGAAAGCAUUGGCCGAGGAAAAUGAAUAUGACACCGAACCCAACGACGAGGGCGAGAUCGAGAAGCGUCCCGGAAAGUUAUCGGACUAUAUCCCCGCCCCGUAUAAAAAUGAUGAGGCGGCCCGAGCUGCCAACAACGGUGCCCUUCCUCCCGAUCUAAGCUUGAUUAUCAAGGGGCGCCACGGCGGAUGCAACUACAUCUUCAGCUUGUUGACCGGAUAUCCCGAGGAGCCUCCUGCAGGUGCUCAGGUGGGCGCUGGUCUAAAUUUCAACCCUUACUUCCCGGGUACAGGUAUCGCUAUGGCCCGUGUUUUAUACGAUGGGCUAGUGGAGUACGAGGAUGAGACCCCGGCGUCUACAUCGCAGAUGGCCAAGGAUGUGGUAGAGUUUCUCAACUGGGCGGCGGAACCUGAGAUGGACGACCGAAAGCGAAUGGGAUUGAAAGUGCUGACUGUCACUUCUGUCCUCUUCGCUCUAAGCGUGUGGGUUAAGCGAUACAAGUGGGCGACUCUCAAGUCCAGGAAGAUUGUCUACGACCCUCCUAAAGCAUCUAAUAAUAUCCGUACAUAA